AGAUGUACCCUGCCAUUGAUGACUAUGUCGACACAUUUAUGAAAUUUGUGACACUGGUUGAUAUAAAUACAAAAGAAAGUGUUCAUCGCAUGUUGGAAUGAAGAGAUAAGGCGAUACUUCGUAUGAUGGGGUCGAGGGAGUUGACGAACAUCAGAGGAGAAAUCGCAUAUGACAUCGUUAGAGCAUUUUGGACUGCAGCAGGAGUGUCUUUUCCGUGUGGAAGCAUCAGAGAUCGUUUAGAUGCAAGACGAGAGGAAUUGCGUAAGAAGAUGGAAGGAGAUUCUUCAUGGCGAGUGAAGGAAGAUGAGUCAUGGGGUGCAAAAGAGUUCAAGAGUGUUGUGGAAGACGUGCUGUAUAAAGAGCACACCGACUGGUUUCGAUGUCCGAUGGGAAUUUGCAAUGCGCCUGCCACGUUUCAGCGGGCCAUGAAUAUGAUUUUCCAGAAUUUCGUACGGAAGGCUCGUCUAGCGCAGAGCAUCAUCAACUACUGCGUGAUUUUGUACAUGGAUGACAUCCUAGUGUAUUCGAGCUCCUACGAGGGACACGUGCAGCACAUUGAAUGGGCAUUGCAUGCGUUACGAGAUGCAGGUUUCAAGGUGGCGCUUGAGAAGUGUCAGUUUUUCCUCACCAUCAUUCCCUUCAUGGGGCACGUGGUGACGGACAAGGAACUCCAGCCGGAGCCGCUGAAGGUGGCAGCUGUUAGGGACGAGCUAAUGCCUACCACUAUCACGCAAAUUCGCGCCUUCCUGGGCCUAGCCUCGUAUUACCGAAGAAUUAUCAAGGGCUUCACGGCGAUUGCGGGACCCCUCACAAAUCUCCUGCGAAAGCACCAGCCAUUGAUCUGGACGUCGGAGUGCGAUCAGGCGUUUUCCAAACUCAAGGCUGCUCUCAUUUCGGCUCCGGUCCUUAUAAGACCAGAUCCCGAAAAACCCCUUGUUCUCAUCACCAACUGGCAGCCAGAGGCGAUUUCGGCGAUCCCUGCCCAGGUAUCCGAUGCCCUCAUGACAAGAGGAAAGUUAUCGGAGGUAGAGAGAUGCACAAUCUUUCUCGGCAAACUGCCAAGGGGGAAGCGAAAGGCAGUACUGAGGGAGACGCCUCACGAGAAGUUGGAAUUCACGGCGUUGCUAAAGCUGGCCAUGAAAGCGGAAGCCGAUGACUAUAAGGAUUUGCUCUGGAGAGGUAUGCUGCGCGAGGAUUAUUCAUUUUACAAGGAGAAUGGGACUGAUAGAUGUCCCGACUUCAACGACAAACCUUGGGCAGAACGACGAUAUUUGAUGGACUGGGACAAAUCCCAUCGGUCAUGGGAUAAUGACGCAGUAAUAGAGGAGAUGCAAGAGAAGAUAAAGGAAAUGGCCAGACAAAUAGCAAAUUUCGAAACAAAGGUCGGAACCACAUACCGGGACAAGCCUGGAUCCCCCUACUCUCUGCGUUGGGAUCGUCGGAAUACCGACCCGUGGAGGAGCGUCGAAAACCAUAACCCUCGCACGUUAGCUGAUUAUCACGCGAGGGAAAUAGAUGAAGAUGAACGGAGACGAAGAGACGAGGAGGAUCGAAGGCGCAGAGAAGAAGACGAUCAAAGACGUAGUGAGGACGAAGAGCGGAGGUGCAGGGAUGAUAAUAUAGACCGAGACCGCCGGCAUUAUGAGUAUCGAGGGGGAGAUUCUUACGGUCGAGGAGACAGAGCCGAGUAGUAUCCGCGCAGUCCCAGAGACCAGUACCCGCGCAGUCCCAGAUACGGUGGGGGUGCCAAAGGGUACCGGAGCCCGGGCAACUUUAAC